CAGGAUCCAAGGGACCGUCGAUGGCAUCAUGCCCACCAUCCUGCCCCGCAUCACAACGGUCAGCGCAAUCAGGUGCACAAGAUGCGGCUCGUCAGAUGUCGGAGGACAUCGUGCAACGGUCGAUGACCAUGGGGGACACGGCGAAAACGCAGGAGGCGGUGGACGCGGCCUCGAUGCUGUCGGAAGAGCUGGUCGAGCGGUCGUUGGAGCAGAGCGACGCGCAGAUGAAGGGCAAGCCGCCCUGCUCCUGCUCCAAGACGCGCCCGCCCUCCGGA